AUGCCGGAGACCAGGAAGACUGAAGAAGAUCUAGCUCUUGUCAGCACCCCAAAAUUUUCUGUUGCAAGCCAAAACUUGGCUCUUGAUACUACUAUGUUAAAUUCAUUGAAGGAACAGUACGUGAACUUGAUGAAUAUGAAAGCUAAACUUGAGGGAAAGCUUGCGGAAAUUGCACAAUCUUUAUGUGGACUGGAGGAAGAGAUGGGGAAGCUAAAAUCUAUAGUGGAAGUUCCACAACUAAUAAUGGGAUCAACAACACCGCCAUUAGGCGCUGAUAGAGAGGCAAAAGAAACGGAGAAAAGUAACAAAACUGCAGCGGUAAUAUCAGAUAAAGAAGAAAAAGAUAGUAGUGCAGAAGGAAAGAAUCCAGCACUUCCAAGAAAAAGAAGAAACGCAUUGGCGAUAACAGAGGACAAGGCGGCAAAAAUUGAAAGCAUGAAGAGUGGGUUCAGGAUAUGCAAGCCACAAGGGACCUUCCUCUGGCCAAACAUGGGCUUGUUCCGUCAGGAUGUUGUCCCGAUUGAUAACCUAUUUGCGAUCCCCACUCCUCCCUGUGUCUGCUCUUCCACUACCACAGCGCCCCGCCUCGUCCCCAGCCCUCAAGAACACAGGCCCCAGCCAAUUUCCACAGUCAAACCACUGGCGGAGAAGCGAAGUACUGUUGCUGUCAAUUUCACAGCCACUUCUGUUAGCAGACACCUUCCUCCUCUGCCUCUGGAGGCCACCAUCGCCCAAUAUGCAAACAAUAGCAUCACCUCCAACACAUCUACUACCACCACCAGAACUCCUCUCAUCAACCUCAAUGAGGUUCCUGGAAACCCCCACGACCAUGGAUUUUGUAGCCUUCAAAGUCAAAGUCACACCUCACCCUGUUCACUCAACUACCAGAGAAGAAAUCAUAUGACAACCUCUACUUCCAUGCCACGAAUGAUAACCGCAAGGAAAGAGAAUGAAAUGAGCCAAUGGGACAGGGGCAAUCGCCAGCAUCUAAGGGUACACUCGUCACUCUCUUCUCAUCGCGUGAAGGUGGGAGCAGGAACGUGGUUGGCUCUGUGCACCCCUAACUCUUCCAUGGGCAAUAAUCCUAGGAGAGUCUAG